GUUAACCAAAGAACUUGAUUCUACGUUAACGGUUGAUUUAACUAAUCCGUUGAUUCAACGCCCAUCGCUAUAAAGCAGUAGUACGCUUAUCGUUGUUAGAGUAGGCGCGCGUUGUGUUGAAAGUUAAUUGAUUGCGUAAAUUAAAAGUUUAUUAUAUUGAUUUACAGUCCUAAAUCUGUGAUUAAGUACGAAGGAAAAUUCAUCGAUUGAAAUAAAAUACAAAAAAAUAUUAGAUGUUAUCAAUAUUUUGCUAACUUACAACAAUUUCGUUUUAUUUGGAUUUAGCUGGUUAGCUUUGAAAAAAUAUUUAUUAUUUAAUUUUAUUUAUUUAAGUCAAAGCAAGUUAGUUUCAUAAAUAACUACAACACAACAUUCCACACUUAUUAUAACAAUUUCCAAACGUCAGUUGAAAAAAGCGUUUUCAAAAACGCUUAUUGAAAAUCGUACAACGUAACAACGCUUAGAUAUUUCUCUAUGGAUUAAUUACGCCGUAUGUAAACGGCGGCUUCAUACAGAAUGCCUGCGACAUAUACCCAUAGUUAUAUAGGUGCCUUCCCAUUUCAAAGUAAAUGGAAGAAACAGAACAAAAAAAAAAAACGAAACACCUAGUAUCAUUAUUCAUAAGUGUCAUUCCAGUAUUGACAGCUUACUUUUUUGACGAAACUGUUCUAUGGGAGAUUGCCGUCUGAUAGCAUGUAGUUUCUGGUUAUGUUAUAACAUAAACUUUACCAUACACUAAGUGCCUGAAAACUGUGAAAGAACAUCUAAAAAAUAUUGAAGUGGUCAAGUUAUUUUUCUUUACUAUUUUUCAAGAGAAAAAAACAUAAAACUUUUAAGUAUCGAAAGGCAGGAUAUUAAGAAAAUGUCUUUUCAAUGGACGUUCAUCGCCGGCUAUCUGUAUUUCGAAACAGCCGUUGUAAUUAUCAUGAUAUUACCAAUUUUCAGUCCUCGUCGAUGGCAUCAGUUUUUUAAAUCGCGUCUAUUUGCAUUUAUCCAAGAGCAUGCUGCCGUUUAUUUCUAUGGGCUUCUUGGCAUUCUGAGUUUGUUCCUAAUUGAUGCUGUAAGAGAGAUGAGAAAAUACUCACAUGGAUCUGAUACCAGCCACACCCAUUUAGGUAGUGAGCUCAAAGGUAAUGUGAAGCUGUUCAGGGCUCAGAGAAACUUUUAUAUUACUGGAUUUGCAAUUUUCUUGGCAUUUGUUAUUCGUCGCCUAAUAACAAUGCUUAUAAUUCAAGAUGAAUUAAGUCUUAAAGCAGAAAAAAUCAUUAAAGAAGCAGAAGCUACUGUGAAAUUAGCAAAGAAUACUGUACUUGCUAAUACAAUAAAUGAUAAUGACAAAGAUGCAAUUGCAAAAGAAUUGCAAGAAACAAAGUCUUUAUUAGAAGAAGAAAAAUUAAGAGCCAAUGACUUCAAAAAGGAAGCUGAAAAAUGGAGACUCAAAUAUGAAGCAGUUAUCCUUGUGGGAAAAGGUGAUGAAUGACUGAUUUUUUAACUGAAGCUCUUAAUAAUUAUUUACUUAAUAAGUGGUUAAAAACCAGCAAGUGAAGUGCUUGCAUUUGCCAAUUCAUAGAACAUGGUUUCAGUGAGCAAUAUCUCCUUGCAAUAUUUAAAUGCUUUGUAAAUAUAUACUUAUGUAACUUAAAUUAUUUUAUAACAAUAAACUAUUGCCAUAUUGAAAUUAAUCAUUGUUUUAAAAAAUAGUGUUAUUAUAUAUUUUGUUUUCGAUGAAUUUGUAUUAUUUUUUAGCAUUUUGCAUCUUUAUAGGUCUGGUAACAAGUUGAAUUAAGAAGGCUAAAUAUCAAAGAACAAGGAUAUUCUCAAUUUAUUAGUAUUUUGUGUAUUGGUUCCAUAAACUGAUUCAAAUUUUUUAAGGUUUGAUUAUCUGUAUUUUUGUGAUUCUGUACUUCAAAUUGAAUAAUAAUGGUGAUUAUGAAUGGGUUCAGCAACAACAAUAUUAUAUGAGAACUAGUAAAUAUCGCUUAAAAUUAGUUUGAUAGCUCUAAAAUUAAGAUUUAACAAAUAUACUCAAACUAUUGAAUAAAAUAAAAAUGGUAGCAUAUUAAUAUAGUAGAUAUAAGGGAUGUUCAUAUAAAAAACAAGAAACAAUACUGAUGAAUCAUUAUGAUAUCGGUUUCGGAACUACAUAUCAAGGUUAUUAUAUUUUUGGUGGGAGGUUUCAAUUUUUCCUGUAAAUAAUUAAAAAAGCUAUUUAAUUGGUAAAGUUUGAGUAAAUUCCACUUAAAUUAUUUAUUGAAAACUGACAAUGGCUUCUGACAUUGGAGGAAUUGAAUCUGCACACACCGAAAGGAAAAGCAGAUGUAGUGGUGAACUUUUCUGAUGAUGAUGAGAU